AUGCGAAAGAUCGAGAUCACCAUCCCUUCAAAGUUGGAGUUGAGAAAGACUGCAGGAUUCGUAGUUCGGUUUGGGGUCUCGACAGAGAUUUUCGAUCUCGUCCCAGAGGAACACAAGACCGAAAAGCCUUGGUGGAAGGAAUGCGCAUUCCUUUUCGAAUGUGAGAAGGCGCUGAACGGGCUCAAGCAUUGUGACGAGGCCGCCAACGAAGCCACCAAGUCGACUCCCAAACCUGACAAGGUACAGGGUGACGCCGACACAGUUUCCAACGUCGUUUCCCAGUUAUUUCAAGAUAUGCAAAGAGCUAGAGGAAGUAAACGCGCAAUCAACGCCGUCGAGGAUAUCAUGUUCUUCGUGGAGCCUCGUAACGGAUCGUGCGAACCAUUCUACCAAGCCGCCUCCGAGUUCACCAAAGGAGAAGCAACAACGGCACCCGGCACACUCGUCCUGGGAUUAGAUCUUUUCUUGUCCGCAUCCGGAGCUUUCUUCUGGCCAAACGGAAGGCAGCGCAACAAGGAUAACUGUCGUCUGCGGGCACUGCGCUUGGCCAUGGAUAUGAAGGCAAGUGCCAAGAAGGUCGCUGACAUCUUCCAGAAGUUGCCGAUCUGUCUCAGUGGAGAGAGGCAGUGGUUUGAGAUGGUCUCUUACUUCACGAACGAGAUCGACACCUACAUUCGCGAGCGAGUCUUUGACGACUACCACUCAGCUCCGUGGACGGCUGGAUGCCAUAUGGCAGAGAUGCUCUACCAGGCUCAGUAUCUGGGCAACCUCCUUCUUCAGCAUCAGACGGUCAUUCCAAGCACUCUUCACCUAUACAACGCCCUUCGGCAGUCCCCAGUCGACCUUCCUCGCAUUCGCAUCAUGGAUGAGCUCUGCGAGAUGUUCCUUGACAGCGUCUUCCUCGGAAAGUUGCCUACGAACAACUUUCUCACAUGGUAUCGUUACUGCAUCUACAACGCCAAGCGCGCCAAAACCAGCAACUGGCCGCACUACGGAAACUCUGGUCUCAGCAUUGACCAUAGCAAGAAGCCCCGCACACUUUGGGUCAACUCGGGCUUCAAAUGGCAGCAUGGCAACAACCACACUCCCCACGUCGAGUUCAUUGGACCGUUGUACGGCGUCCCGCCCCCUCCCAACGUACCCACUCCCGCAGCAUUGAUGACAGAGCUAAGCGACAUGUACUAUGAAAUCGACGACAUCGAGCACAUUCAGCUUGCCAAGGAAGCUGUUCUGAAGGAUUUCGAGGGUCCACGGGCUGUUAUGGCAGUCGACUACUUCUCCCUGUUCAGGUUCUGUGCAGACACCAUGUCGACCUUUGCCAAGUCUGCCAAGCGCGAAAUGUUCGUGGUCCUUCCAGAGCUUGCGGAUAUGAACUGGGAGAGUGACCUUGAGCUUGCUCGCCACUUCGUCGACGCUGCGAUUGGCAGCCUUGUCAGGAUGACGGAUCAGAAAGAGCUGAACAGUGUGCACCGAAGGCCCAGAGCGGUUCAUGAGUUAGCAGCGUUCAGCAAGAUCGACAAGGAGAUGUCUUUGGACAGCAUGAAGUGGAAGUUGUGA